AUGGCAACCGAUGGCGUUCAACAAGACAUCGAGUAUGUCAACGUCGAAGACAUUUCCAGAUCUGAAGAAGAUCAGAAGAUCUUGCAGAGCUACCACCGCCUGUCUUCACGGCGAGUAGACCUCGUAGGGGAUUUUGCCGGUCAGGAGCUGUUCGCAAUUGAGGGUGAUUCUCUUCUUUUGCAAUGUUUCGAAAAUUCACUACUCGAUUUUGAGGAUGGUUUCCAAAUGUUGCAUGCUGUCUACCUUGUAGAAGAAUACCUUGCACAACUUCAACGCCGUAACUGCAGAUUCCAUGUCGCUUUCUUCGAGGCGCAUCGCCAGCUUUGCAUUCCCCAGAGCGUAAAGUCCAUCAAUCGAUCCAAGUACCUCCUUACACGAGCCGCCAUAAUUCGCCACCUUCAGUCGAACCUACAAUCAGAAGAUGUUCAGAUCCACUGCUUUUCAGAUCUAUACGACCAAGCAUUUGAUGACUAUUUGCGUAACUCUGCAGUCUAUUUCUUGAUGUGUCACGAUGGAGCUCGCAGCUACACUACACAAGAUAGAGAUGUUCCUGACCCAAGAACCCAGCUGAGAUCGAUUAUUGUACACUUCAUCCUUUCCGGCUACAAUGUAGCUUUGAUCAACGGCUCGGAGUUUGUCGACACAAAGAUCAUGGCCAUGGUGUUAGAAACCAAGAACCUCUCGCACAGACUGGAUCCAACACUAGACGCAAGCCCCAAGCAACUCAAUGGUGUCUCACAGCCCAUCUCGUCCGCAGAACUCAAGGACAUCGGAAUAAGCACUUCCGAUCUUACUGAGAGAGAACGUUUGACAAUCUUGGCUCUAUCUCAUCUGAUCAAGAACUCAUCAGGCUCAUCGAAUGUGCAGCAAUUCACACAUGACGUCCUUGCACAUACUGCGCUUCUUCAUGCUUUGCCACUCUCAGCUCGUAGUCUGCAACAUACUUCGGCAGUGAGCGACUACAAGGAGCACCUCUCCAGCUUCUGCGACCAAGCUGCUGAGAUGUUGAGAAGUUCAAAUUGGGCCCAAUACCACCAAGAAUCGGAGAACAACGAGUGUGAUGUAGCAGAUCUCUUCGAUGGUCGUUUGUUCAACAUCAUUUCUAAUGGUCUCGAUUUGUCGUCGGUGCCAGAAACUGUGCAGAGCAAACUCCAGAAACUCACCGAGUGCUUCAAGUCGAUCUGCAAUGACACAACAAAGAAUGCCGAGAGUGACGCCAGAAAAUUGGAAGCCUCGACUCUGGAUGCUCCAUCCACGACCCCUACCGGAAAUAUGAGCGUUCUACCAUUCUCAAAUCCUGUGUUCGACCAGCAUUUGGCCUCAAUUCGUUUGGGCAUCGACGAUCAUGCAUCUGAGGAGAUCAGCAGACCUUCGGCUCGCAUCUUUCAAGAAGUAUCCCACUGGCACAACGCCAAGCGACCCAUUCAAUCGAAGAACACACCAGUCCUUUCUCCACGAGACGAGCUACGCGCUCGCCGCAGAAACCAGAAGUACAUGGAUGAGAUGCAGAAAUAUGCUGCAAGUUUGACCAACUCCGUGGGUAGAGCACUUGAGCCCGAGACACUUCUCGUCAAAUCAGCCGCCGCUUCGAAAGUCUCACAGAAGUCUGAGAACAAGAAACCAAAUGCUGAGCCUACCAAGAAUGCCGACACUUCGAAGAAGGGUGGCAAUCCUAAGGGCGGCAAGAAGAACGUCAAGGUCAGUGGCAAGCAGGCUGCUCAAGAGGCAGCUGCAGCUUUCCAAGCCAAGAAGGCAGAAGCUUCAGACUCCAAAGUCAUGCAAGCAUGGCACAUUAUUCUGAAGAGUCUGUCUGCCGAGACUGACCUGCCGUCUCGUUACAUCAAGACCAAGGAUUACUUCACCAGCUUGCCCAAAGACAAGAGAGAAGUUCUUGGUGCUGAGGUACAGCUAUUCUCUCUAAGCACAUUAGUAGAGAUUGCCAUUCAAUCGGGCAAGACCAACGAUCAGGAUCCCAACGGCAUUGUUGCUUUCAUCUGGCACACUGCUAGAAAUCUCAUUCAGUGCGACAACCUGACCAAGACAAUUUGCGAGAAGGUCAAACUCACUGUAGACACCUUUGGUCUCCCUCCCGUCGACAUUCCUAAGCCGACGCAAGACAAAUCGCUGCCGUUCCGCUUCGCACUCCCUUUGCAAAGCGCAGAGCUUGUCAAGAACAAGCUGCCUAGCAAGGCGUUCCAGCUUCUCCACUGUGGACCUUUCCUCGACCGAAGUAUGGACGCUGCUCCUGACUCAAGAGUAGACUUUGAGCCCGAUGGCUGGCAAAGAAAGGUUCUUGACGGUAUUGACGACAACAAGAGUCUCUUCGUGGUUGCUCCCACUUCUGCUGGUAAAACCUUCAUCUCGUUCUACGCAAUGAGAAAGGUCAUCGAAGCCGACGAUGAGGGUGUUCUUGUCUAUGUUGCACCUACCAAGGCGUUGGUCAACCAAAUCGCCGCUGAAAUUCAGGGAAGAUACUCGAAGAAGUUCAAGUACCCUGGAAAGAGUGUAUGGGCUAUUCACACUAGAGACCAUCGCAUCAACAAUGCCACCGGCUGCCAGGUCCUGGUUACCGUACCUCAUGUGCUCCAGAUCAUGCUUCUGGCUCCCUCCCAUGCCAACUCAUGGGCUACUAGAGUCAAGCGUAUCAUCUUCGAUGAAGUCCACUGUAUCGGACAAGCUCAGGAUGGUGUUGUCUGGGAGCAGCUCUUGUUGCUCGCUCCUUGCCCCAUCAUUGCACUUUCGGCCACAGUCGGCAACCCUGAUGUUUUCAGUGACUGGUUGUCAACAACCGAAAAAGCUAUGGGCAUCGACUUCGAAAUGGUCAGACAUCCUUACAGAUACUCUGAUUUGAGAAAGUUCUACUACGACCCUCCCAAGAAGUUCUUGUUCGACGGUUUAGGCCAGAAGAAAGGUCUACCAACUCUCGGCCUGGAUGGAAGCACUGGCUUUGAAUACCUUCACCCUGUUGCUUGCCUUGUCAACCGCUCGGCAGGUAUGCCAGACGACCUCUCCUUCGAGCCUCGUGACUGCUACACACUGUGGAAAGCCAUGAAGGAGCACUCGAACGACAAGUACAGUUUGUCAGCAGAGCUUGACCCUGCCAAUGCCUUGCCUAACGUCAUUCGCAAGCAGGAUGUUUUGAAGUGGGAAGCAGGUCUGAAGAAGGUCUUGGCUGCAUGGAUGGAAGAUACCGCAUCGCCUUUCAACGCUGUCUUCACAACUCUCUCUGGCAAGCGACCCCAANAAGAAGAGUUAUACGCACCUACCGCAAAGCGCGCUGGUCAAAGAGAGGCCCAGGAGGUCGAAGAGGACAACUUCCUCCCCUUGCUUUGUCGACUGCACGAACAGGACGCAAUGCCAGCCAUUCUCUUCAACUACGACCGUACAAGAUGUGAAGACAUCUGUGCUAAGAUCCAUGACGACUUGAAGGAAGCUGAGGAUCAAUGGAAAGCUACUGAUCCGAAGUGGAAGGCCAAGAUUGUUCAAUGGGAAGCGUGGAAGAAAGAGCAAGAGCGCAAGGGUGCCAAGGCUAGCAAAGUCUCAAAGAGUAGAAAGCCUGCUGAAGAGGGCAUGACCAAGGCGGACAUGCAGCGUGAUGCUGCUGAUACCGACGCCAAUGGUUUCGAAGGUUUCAACCCUGCGGCUCCUCAAGAUGGAUACCAUUUCUGCAACUUCAAGGCUAUUCAGAUCUCUGAGCUUGAGGACUACAUGAGGGAACUCGAGUGGAGACGCGUGCCGCAGUGGCUCAUUGUUGCUCUGACUAGAGGUAUUGCUGUCCAUCACUCGGGUAUGAACCGCAAAUACCGUCAGGUUGUUGAGAUUUUAUUCCGCAAGGGCUUCCUCAGAGUCGUUGUCGCAACUGGUACGCUUGCUCUGGGUAUCAACAUGCCUUGCAAGACUGUUGUUUUCACCGGUGAAUCAGUGUUCUUGACUGCUCUCGAGUACCGUCAGUGUGCUGGUCGUGCUGGUCGUCGUGGCUUCGAUCUGCUAGGAAACGUUGUCUUCCAGAACAUGCAGCACGAGAAGGUUCUGAGAUUGAUGUCUUCAAGGUUGCCUGAUCUGAACGGCCAUUUCCCAGUCACAACUACACUGGUUCUCCGCCUGUUCACCCUACUUCAUGGAUCGAACAACUCGAAAUACGCAGCUUCGUGCAUCAACUCCCUGCUCUCUCAACCUCGCCUGUACAUGGGAGGUCCCUCUUUCAAGGAUCAGACAUUGCACCAUCUUCGUUUCUCCAUUGAGUACCUUCGCAGACAGCAGUUGCUUGAUGCUAAGGGCACAACUCUGAACUUCGCUGGCCUCGUCUCUCACUUGUACUUCACAGAGAACUCCAGUUUCGCAUUCCACGCACUACUCAAGGAGGGCUACUUCCAUAAGCUUUGCGCGGACAUUGACAACAACGCAGAGUCGGUGGUUAACACUUUGAUGCUGGUGAUGUCCCAUCUGUUUGGACGUGUCUACUGCCGCAAAUCUGAUGCGGAGUAUCGUGAGAAGGUAGUCAAGCCAUCUUCAUCGAUGGUGUUCCUGCCUGAAUUGCCGGAAGAAGCAGCGCAGGUUUUGAACGAGCACGGAAAGCAAACGCUCGAUAUCUUCAGCACUUACGUCCGGACAUUUGUCGAUCAACAUGUGCAGAAGGCGGAUGAUGUUCUGCCGCUGACAGCUAGACAGGUCGGCUGUUCAUCAGCUGAGUCAGCUCCUAGCUUGGGAGAAGUCUCUCUACCAUCCACCAAGAUUCGUUCGCCAUUUGUCGCUCUGUCUGGACAUACCGAUCACUUCAAAUCUAUCAGUGAGCUGUGUCGUUCGGUCAGAUCUGGCGUCUUUCUUGAGGAGUCAGCUAUUCCUCAUGUAGCUAUGCUCUCUCAAGACCUGGACCAACCCCUCAACGCUUACCUGGUUGACUUCUUCAAGCACGGCGACGUCAAGACUCUGGAGAAGGCAAACGGCAUCAGACGUGGUGACGUGUGGUUCAUGCUUAACGACUUCUCCCUGGUUCUUGCUACUAUCAUUACCAGUCUGCUCAAUUUCAUGAAGCUCAAGGUCGGAAGCGAUAUGGAUUUCCUUGACACCAUGGGAGAGCUUGACACCCUCGAAGAGGCCGAAGACGAGACAGUCGCUGUUAAGGAGGACGGAGAAGCUGUUCCUGCUCCUAGCGAAGCACCCAAAGCCGCCAUGGCUACAAUCACCAAGAAGAAAGCAAAGAACGCCGACAGCUGGGAGGAUAUGGCUGACGAGGAGGAGGUCAUCGAGAAAGACUACAACGAGGCUGCUGCCAAACUGGACGAACUCAACAUUGACAGUGCCGCAUGGGAAGGCCAGGGCGGUGAGAAGGGAUUGCUCAAGGUGCUCAAGGCAUUCCAAAGAUUGCAUUCGGAGUUCAACCUGAAGUUCAAGGCUAUGUGGGCAUAG